UAAUUUAUUCAAUUAUAUUAGCUAAUUGAAAUUGAAUAAUAUAAGAAUUUUCCAUUUUUCCUGAAAAUUUUCCAAACGCCAACUGUCUCAGCUUAUUGCGUGAAAGACGGUAACGACUUCAGCUCAAUCGGUAAUCGGCGAGAAAUACAAUCGCAGAAUUCUUUCAUAUUUCUCCAACUCCGUCGUCGUCCCCUAUUCCAACAACCCUAGCCCUUUAAGGAAAAAACAACUAUCAUCAAUUUAGGGUUAGGGGUUUGAGGAAUUAUAUUCAGUUGAAUUGCUGAUUUCGAUCGUUUUUUUGGUUGAAAAAAGGGGGCAAAGCAAAUAUGACGAGGAUGGCGAGGUGUUGUAUGCAGUCAUUGUUGAAAGUGGUGAAUUCGCUUAUUGGAAUGGUAGGAAUCGCUAUGAUUUUGUACGCUCUUUGGAUGUUUAGGGUUUGGCAUAAGCAGAUGGGUCCUUAUCCUCCACCUUUCUUUGGACCUGAUGACCCUGCACCAUGGUUCAUUUACGCAACACUUGGUCUUGGAAUAACUUUGUCCGUAGUCACUUGCUCGGGUCACAUUGCUGCAGAAACUGCUAAUGGCUGUUGCUUAUAUAUUUACAUGGUUUUUGUCUUCCUACUUCUCAUGAUGGAAGUAGCUGUGACGGUAGAUGUAUUCCUUAACAGAAACUGGGAAGAGGACUUCCCUGAGGACACGACCGGGAACUUCGAUGAGCUCAAACACUUUGUGAAAGAUAACUUUGACAUCUGUAAAUGGAUUGGCUUGUCAGUAGUGACUGUGCAGGGGCUAACUAUAUUAUUGGCAAUGAUCCUCAAAGCUCUAGGACCACAUCAGGAAAGGUAUUAUUAUGAGAGCGAUGAUGACUAUAUUCCCGACAGAGUCCCACUAUUGAAGAAUUAUGUUCCUACACCUUCUUAUGUUGUUGGCGACCCCAUGUAUGGACCUAAGAAUGAUGCUUGGAAUAUCAGAAUUAACAGCAAGGUAGGCAGAUGAGCUCCAAGUUCAGUUGUUCAAUCAGCAAGAACUAAAUUUGCGAUACAAUUGUUUGCAUUGUGCAAAAUGUGUGUAAAUUUGAAGGUGGAAUUAGCAUGCUUCCGACCUUUGGUAGAAUUCAUUUAAACAUGUGCAGUGCUUGUAUAUUCCGAUUCCAUAUACUCUUAACCUUGUUGGACAAUGUGAAAAUUUA